AUGAUUAAAGCCUAUUUGCCAGUGUUGCUUCUUGCAACAUUCGCCACGUGUCAAAAGAAGACAGCCGCUUUGGUAUCGGCGGAAGGAGAAGCACCGUCAAUUAAAAUGAUCAAAACACAAGGGUCUAUACUCACAGCAAUAGAUAUCUCAAAGGCGGAUUUGGAUUGGGAUCAAAUCUCAGCUCAACAGGAAGAGAAUAAAAAAGCCAAAGAGCUCCCAACUGUGACUGGUGAUGAAUAUACUCCGGAAAAAAUGGACGUGCCUCCCAGUGCCGAAGCAGAAGCAGAAUUCCAGCGCGGAAUGUCAUACAUAGAAAAAGGAAAGGGGCAUGGAAGAGAAGGAAGGGUUGCUGCUCAUAAACUGUUCGAAAAAGCUGCUUCGAUGGGUCACCAAGAAGCCAAAAAAGCAGUUGCUUUCGCUCAGAUGUUUGGAGACUACUCUAGAUGGAGUAUUCCUGAAGCAAAGGCAACAUUUGAAGAAUUAGAGAAAAAUGGAUCACCUGAUGCUCAACUUGCUCUAGGAUUCAUGCACGGAGCGGGUAUUGGAGUGGAAAACUCAAAUCAAGCGAAAGCUCUUGUCUAUUACAUGUUUUCUGCUCUCGGUGGAAAUCCAUUGGCUCAAAUGGCAAUGGGAUUCCGCUAUAGUCUUGGAGUCGGUGUGCCACAAAACUGCGAAACUGCACUUUCCUACUAUCAGAAAGUAGCCAAAUUAGUAGUAGACAAUAUGAAGCUUACAACAGGACAAGCUAUUCAAAGGGUACGACUCACUGAUGAAACCGAUCCUACUAUCCACAUGCAACCUGGAACUGCUCCGUUGGAAAGCAAUCUUCUUGAAUAUUAUAAAAUGCUAGCAGACAAAGGAGACACAUCUGCACAACUAGGUCUCGGACAAAUCUAUUUGGCUGGAGGUCGUGGUCUCAAUCAGAACUUUGAGCUAGCUGUUAGAUACUUAACUUCUGCCGCUGAAUCUGGCAGCUCUGAUGCUCUGACUUAUCUUGGAAAAAUGUAUCUAGAUGGAACUGCAUUCACACCGAAAGAUUAUCAGAGAGCAUUCGAAUAUCUCACCAAGUCGGCAGAUAAAUCGAGCCCAAGUGCUCAAGCAGUAUUGGGAGCAAUGUACAUGACAGGAAAGGGAGUCAAGAAGAACUACGAAAAGGCGUUGAAGUUGCUCACACUCUCGGCUGACAAGAAGAAUGCUGAUGGACAGAUGUACCUGGCUGAUUUAAAUUACAAAGGAGUCCCGACAACUAAAGGAGUGCACAGAGACUUCAAGAAAGCUGUCAAACUGUAUCAACUUGCUUCUCAAAACGGACAUAUUCUUGCGUAUUACAACUUGGCUCAAAUGCAUGCUGCUGGAACUGGCGUUCCUCGAUCUUGCGCACACGCUGUCGAUCUCUAUAAAUCGGUUGCGGAAAGAGGACGUUGGGGAGAGCGGUUGAUGGAAGCUCAUAGUGCUUACAAAGAUAAUCGCCAAGAUGAAGCAGCGAUGAAGUAUUUGUUCAUGGCUGAGUUGGGAUAUGAAGUUGCGCAAACCAACCUUGCAUUCAUUUUGGAUCGUGAAGAGGCGACGUCGUUGUUUUCUGGACCCAAGGAUAAUAAUCUUGAGAGAGCAUUCCUCAAUUGGCAAAGAUCUGCUAAUCAAGAAUAUGCUGCUGCUCGUGUGAAGCUCGGAGAUUAUUACUACUACGGUCUUGGUACAGAAGUUGACCACAGCUUAGCAUUCUCCAACUACAAAACUGCUGUUGAUCGGCACGGAGUUGCACAAGCAAUGUUCAAUCUUGGUUAUAUGCAUGAAGUCGGAGAGGGAAUCACUCGCGAUCUGUACUUAGCCAAACGAUUCUACGACCAGGCAAUUGAGCAUAGUCAAGAUGCAUAUAUGCCGGCAAAACUGGCACUGACAAAACUGGCAAUUGUAUUUUAUUUGGAAGAGCUCAACAAGCUUCCAUUGGUCAGUUUUCUGGAGAAGACAGUUGGACCACGAUGGGAUUCUUUGCUGAUGGCAAUGUGCGCAAUUAUUCCAUUAUUCAUCUUUUGGAGGCACCGACAAAAUAAUAAUUGA